GCUUCCGCCGCCUUUACCUCUCGCAACUACUGCCGGACGACACUCUGUCAACAAUUUGAACCGACAGAGGUCGUCCAUGAUCUUGUGAUCUCCCAAAGACUUCCACUGUAACAUGGUGCCUAGCAUUGUCCAAUCUGACGACAUGGAUCAAAUGGAAAUCCCCUUUCCAGCACAUCGUGAGCGCCAGGAAGGCUCUCCUCCUCCCUUUCAAGAUCCUCUGGCUCUUCUUCGCAGUCUUCCUGAACCUCCGCUGGAAUGUCAAGUAUGUGUUGUUGGCGCAGGACCUGCCGGUCUAAUGUUGGCCGCAAACCUGACCAGAUUUGGCAUCAACGUUGAGGUAAUCGAUGAUCGAGCCGAUCAGACGCCCGUGGGAAGAGCCGAUGGCCUUCAGCCAAAGACGAUCGAAACCUUCCGACAAAUGCGACUAUCAGAUACUUUACUAAAACAAGGUGUUCGUGUCUUCGAUAUCGCAUUCUGGCGUAGCACCGCGGACGAACCUCUUCGUCGACUUGGUCGCGAAGUCCAUUAUCCCCCUAUUAUCGAUGUUCUCGACCCCUAUAUUCUUCUAGUCCAUCAAGGUAUGGUCGAAGGGCUGUUUCUUGAGGAUAUGAAAAAGCGUGGCAAGGAGGUCCGUCGAAACAUGGCUUUUGAGUCGUACAGCGUCCCCGACAACAAGACUGGUCCCCUCCAAGUCAACUGCCGUGCCAAUGUCAAUCAAGACAAGCGUUCGGUUCUGACUCAAUACCUGAUUGGAUGUGACGGUGCACACUCCAAGGUUCGCAAGAGUAUCCCCGAUGUCAAGGCUGUCGGCAUGUCUCAGGCUGCCAUUUGGGGCGUUCUCGAUGGCGAACUGAUUACCGACUUCCCCGAUAUUUGGUCAAAGACGCUCGUCUACUCACAAGAGCACGGUUCCAUUCUCAUCAUUCCUCGAGAGAGGAAUAUGACUCGUUUCUAUAUUGAGCUGAAGGCUGGUGCCAAAUUUGAUCGCCGCGAUCUGGGUCAGGAGUUCAUGAUGAAGCGCGCGAAGAAGAUCAUGGCGCCGUUCCGCUUGGACUGGAAGUACGUUGAGUGGUUCGGCCGGUAUCAGGUUGGUCAGAGGGUUGCUAGUCGCUUCACUGAUGGCCACCUGAGGGCGUUCCUGGCUGGUGAUGCCAGCCACACCCACUCUCCCAAGUCAGCACAGGGUAUGAACACCUCAAUGCACGACUCGUGGAAUUUGUCGUGGAAGUUGAACCUUGCGGUUCGAGGCUUGGCCAAGCCAAAUCUUCUCGAGAGUUACGAGGAAGAGCGACGCAAGAUUGCCCUGGACUUGGUUAACUUUGACUAUGAGCAUGCGAACCAAAUUGCUGGUGGCGACGCCAUUGCACUCGCUGAGAACUUCAGGACCAACGUCCGUUUCAUUUCCGGGAUUGGUGCUGAAUAUGGUGAGAAUGCCAUCAACAGACCAGGAAUUGGAAACAACCAUUUUGUAAUGGGAGACGCCAAGCCAGGUUGCCUUCUGCCUCCCGCCAAGGUGACUCGAUAUAUCGACUCCAACCCUGUGGAUAUCCAGCUUGACAUUCCUAUGCUCGGCCAGUUCCGAAUCUACCUUCUUAUGUGGGAUGUUCAACAAUCAGCACCGUUUCUGCAGACUUUCUGCCAUGCUAUUGCAGGUACAGACUCCUUUAUUAGCCGUCUAUCUGCUGCAGCUAGCGCUUCUUAUGCUUCUCAGCCCCGAGCACCAGCUCCUGAGGAUGUUUAUUCCCGACCUGAGCGAUACACCGUUGUCAGCCACCUCUUUACUUUUGGUCUUAUCACCACCAUGCCCAAGACGGAAAUUGAAAUCUCAGAUCUCCCACCUCUUCUGCAAGACAGCCGUUGGACCUUCUACCUCGACGACAUUCCCGAUCAGGACACCCGUGGCUCCCUGUGCACUAACAAAUGGCUCGGCAGCCUGGGACCUGGCGAGGUAGCCAUCGUCAAUGUUCGUCCCGAUGGUUAUGUCGGCUCGAUAGGUCGCUGGGACUCAAGCCUUGAUGAGUCUGGUGUUCAGGCAGCUCGAUGGCUCGAUGAAUAUUAUGACGGAUUCAUGAAAAUUCCAACGCAGUAAGCUCGGAAGGGAUCAUGAGUUAAUAUAGAGGACCAGCCAAAGCCCACGCAACCCUUAGACUCGCCCGUACUCUAUCUGAAAUUCUUCGAGAGCCAUCUAAGGGACAAGAGAUCCCCAUGCACAUUGGCAUUUUCGAAUUCUUAUAUCCAGGAGUACGGAGUUGUUGACAAUAUUUUAUCAUCCUUGAUGCAAACUCCUACAGUGCCCAGCUUGGGCCUGCAUCAUCAUUGAAAAGAACUAAGCAGGACGGGCCAAUGUGGCCCGAUCAACCACCACUCACAGAAGGAGGAGGGACCAGGAAGGCAUAUUUAGAGACGGACGUUAUUAUGGGCAAUAGAAGAGGGCCACCAACACAGUAAGAUCGAUCGCCAGAUGGGCGUAAUCUUGCUCAUAUCACGACACGCUUGGUAGUUAGUCACUACUCAUAGCAUGGAAUCUAUUUUAUUUAUCAACCUGCAUCAUUGUUCAUUAUCA